AUGACGACCACCGGAGCGCAGUCUUCGCCGAGCCGGGGAGGAUGGAGCAGCAUCGAGGAGGAGCUGGCUUACUACAAGUCUCAGUACGAGACGCUGGAGAUGGAGCUGCAGGAGUUUCAGGCAUCAAGCAAGGAACUCGAGGCCGAGCUCGAGCGCGACGUCGAGGAGAGCGAGAAGCGGGAGCGCAAGCUGCAGGAAAAGGCAGAGAAGCUGGGGUUUGAGGUUGAGGAAUGGAAAACAAAGUAUAAGCAGAGCAAGGCCGAGGCCAACAAUGCGCAGAACACCCUCCAGAAAGAGAUCACCACGAUGCGCGAAAGCCAGCGCGCCCUCCAGAUGCGACUCCGCGACAUCGAAGUACAAAGCGACGAUUUCGAGCGCCAGGCACGCCACCAGACAUCAUCACUCGAGGAUGUGGAAUCCAAGUACAACGUGGCUAUCGAGCGCAGCGUCAUGCUGGAAGAAGAGAUCAAGAUCGGAGAGCAGGAGCGAGAAGCACUGCGGAUAGAAACACAGCGCCUUAGGGACGAGCUGUCAGACCUGCGGGUAGAGGCGGAAAUCACGCAGGAGAAGUUGCGCAUCGCAGAGGAGACGAUUGAGAACCACCACGUGCGUAAGGUAUCCAACCAUCUCUCGGGCGAUGCCCUGAGGCCACGCUCGCCGGUCUCCGAGGCAUCGACCACAGCAACCACCGUCUCCUCGCCCACAGCUGCUUCGACCCCACCACACUCGAAAGCAGAUGGCCUACACACGGACGCGACUCCUCCUUCGCCACCGCUGUCCGACGCACCGAUCACGACUAGAUACGUACCCUCGACGCCCAUGCCCAAGCGAAAGAACUCCGCGAUCCAAGCUCCCUGCGCCAACUACGACCCCACCGCGAGCCAGCCCCCGAAACGGCAGUGCCAUGGGACACCACGUGCCAAGCACUGUUACAUUGAGGAGCGGCAGAAAGCGCAGCUCCCACGCAUCAGCGGGCUCGUCAGUCCCUGGCGCCUACGAGUCGGGUGUAAGCCGGCUGUCAUUCGGCAUGUCGACCUCGUCGCGCGAGCCCACCAGCAGCAGACCUGCCAGCCGAGCAUCCAUGUCGUCGCAGUCAGCAAUACAGCGGCCGGCAAGCAGAAGCAGCACCCGAACGCCACUCGGACAUUAUUCGUCUUCGUCCAUCAGCGGAACGGAGCCCCGGAUGCCAAGGCCAAGGAGCUCUAUGAGCGGUCAUGGCCAUUCGCAUUCGCUCUCAAUGUCGCGGCGGGAUACAGACGCCAACAGCGACGGAAGCGGCGUCUCAACACCAAUGGGCAGGCGACUUACACUGGAGAAGACAGGCAUACCUACACCAAGCGGGAUCCCAAGGCGUCAGAGUGCAGGACGCAGGGCAAGCAACAACAUGGACAACGGAGACAUGGCGCCUCCUGCUCGGCCACGAAAGAUGUCGACGCAGGCGGAAGAAGAAUCAUACUAGGAAGGAACGGCGCAUUGGUAGGAAGUUAA